CAAAGAUGUUCACUCCAACGCGUCAAGAUGCAAAUUACUCAAUUUUUGUUUUACGACCAUGAUGCAACGCAGUCAGAGUGCACACACCGCCUGGUAAGCAUUCGACUCCUUAGACAAGCCCGCAUCGCGUGAUCGCCAGCCAUACGACAAAGCUUGUCUCCCGAAACACUACUACACGGAGUUUUUAAGUUCUCUUUGUGUGAUGGAGCAAGGAAGUAACCGGAACGAGGAAUUUGUGGUUCUGAUAUCUUCAGAAAUAUCAUCUGAUGAGUCUUCGAACAGAAGUAGCCCUUCCAACGACGCAAGCGAAACUAGUUUCCUCAAGAAAAGAAAGAACCUGUUUUGUUCUGGCGUGUUUCUAAGGGGCAUGGCGCAUGCUGUGGGAUUCUGGAACCCCAGCAAAGGAUUACAUGUUAUAAUGGCAAUAGUUGUGUUAUUUGUGGAUAUAUGCUAUGUCUUUAAAGCCGUAUAUUACGCUUUUCUUUGUGGUCAUUAUGAUACUUCCUUUGAUCGAUGGAUGUGUCGGAAUGGGUCCCAAAACUCGUCAUCAACUCAUAACAUACCCGUCCUUGCUUUUUUACCAGGAGUUGAAUUGAACAGCAUUUUAUCCUUGGUGACCUGCCUCGCUGGACUGAUGUCUAACGCGGCUUUCUUCUGGUGUAUGUGGAAUUCGACCAUGAAGCGUCACACUGCAAAUUGCGUGACACUAGAGCAGGCUUACUCUACUGCCGGGCGGUCAUUCUGGACCACUCUGAAUUGCACUAUGCUCCUGUUUGGUUUGGCCCUCAUGAUCGGGAUUGUUUGGAUUAAUUUGACUUUUAAAGGAAUUUCAAUUGAUAAACUAGUAGUCUCCUUGCGCAUUAUUCCCAUGCUGGCAAUACUAACUAGUUGUUAUAUAUUUUCUUUAAUCACUAACGCAAUGAAGGAUUGCGUGACAUCAUGCUUCGCGGAAAUCCGAAACUCUAUCAACAGCAGUUUAGAUGACAUCAUACGCAUUCAUAAACAUCUUUGUGAACAGCUUUUCUGUACUUCUAACUCCUUAAAGCUGUGGUUUUUAAUUCACUGGUUUCUUCUGGCUGUAGCAGCAGUUGUUUAUGUUGCAGACAUGGUAGGGUAUUACCAAACACUUGGCGCAGGAUGCUUUGUUUUGACUAAAGUCAGUUCGACUGUAAUCUUAUUGUAUGCGUUUAUCUACCCUAGCUACUGCGCUGCAUCAGUGACUGCAAGAUGCAAUCAAAUGCUCAAAGAAAUUAACAUUACUUCCAAUGAAGAGUGGGAUUCAGGACACCCAUUCCGUAGCCGCGCUCAACUGGCUCUGUUUAUUCAAUAUGCACAGUACACUGACUGUGGCUUCCGAGCAGGUGGGGUCACUUUUGGCUCCAAUUUUGCGUGGUUUUCAACGCUCAUUGCAAUGUGUGGGAUUGGUGUGAAAGUUCUGUGAUUCAGAGAGAAACAAAAUAUCA